UGCCUGCUCUCUGUCCUCCAGCCCAGGUGCUCUCUGCCUGCAUACUGUAGAUAUGAGUUCUCUCUCUAUCGGCUCUCGGCGACCCUCGUCUGUGUCCGGUUUUUCGGUCACCUCAUUUAAGCCCACAGGCUGCAGUCAGGGGAAAAAUGCGGUGGUGUUCUGUGACACCUGCUCCAUGCCUCUGUGUGAGGAAUGCUUGACUAAUGUGGAACAUCGCAGCCACAAGUUUAAGACCAUGGAAGAAGUAUGCAAAGACAAACUAGAACAUAUUGAUAAGCAACUUGAAAAGUGUAAAGGCAACAGCCAGAAUAACUCUCAGCAAUUGGUGGAGAGUCAAGAAGAACAGCUUGAAAGGGACUUCCAGGAGGUGCAAGACAGUUUUACCGAGCAAUACAGAGAACUUGACGACCUGCUGAAUCACACCAAAGAACACGCCGUCACACUGUUGGAGGCCCAGCGGCAAGGACAGAAAAAGCCCCUUUAUGUGCUGGCCGAGGAGGGGGACAGAUACAAGAUGCGGGCGGACAAGCUUCAGACGGACAUAGCAGAUUUGAAACAAAGGGUGUCGUCAGGAGCCGAUUCUACUUGCAUUCUGCACGAAAUUCAGGCACAUCAAAUGAGUAUUGACCUUAUUGAUGAAUUCUACAAGAAGGUCAGCCGAAUCAGCAAGUUUGACAAAUCAAGGUUGGAGGCCCUGGAGAAAUCCAUCCAGCAUAUCGUUGAAAAAAUCGUUGAAAUCUUCCCUCGACCAUGGGAAUUUUAUGAGGACAUCACCUUUAACCCUAAUCCUGACAAAACAAACGAUAACCUGAUGAUAUCUGAUGACCAUGCGCAAGUCUUCCUUAGUCCCCACCGGUCAUCACCUAAAGUCCCCUACCAGACUAGAGAAACCCCGUUCUAUGUCCUGGCCAAGCAGUCCUGGAAGAAGGGGCAACACUACUGGGAGGUGGACGUGGGGCACUGCCGCACCUGGGCAGUUGGAGUUGUGGAGCUGGCCAAUGGCAGCCGGCCGCCAUCACAGGCUGCGCUAAUGCGCCUGGGACGCAACAAGAGGUCGUGGAUGCUGGAGUCGGAGGACGGGGAGCUGACCGCGCUGCACAACGACAACCUGAGCAUGGUGAAGCAACCUGAACAGGAAGUGACACGCCUCGGGGUCUACCUGGACAUGACCAAGAACAACGGCCAGCUGAGCUUCUACGAUGUGGGCGGCGGCGCGGUCCUGCACACGUUCCGACUGCGCGUCAAGAAGAGCGUGUUCCCCGCCUUCAGUCUGACCAGAGUGGACGGCCAGCUCCAGAGUCUGGUGCUCUGCAAUCUGGGCCUCAAGCCUAAGAACGAGACUGAGAACGAGAAUGAGUCGGAAGACUCAGGGGCCGACACGAGCUCGAGGCCAAGCUCUGGCAUGUCAGGGGUGGAGAUGAGCACAAGGCCAAGCUCUGGCAUGUCAGGUGCAGAUUCCUCUGACAUAUCGGGGUACUCUUCAGAUUACAGUCCGAGGAGCUGAGUCUUCUUUGGAGUCUUCCCUGACCACCUCUCUGUAAUCUAGAUCUGGAUCCAUAGACUGAAUGUGGUAGGCUGCUUACAUAUUUCAUAUUCAGGCUGGAGUUUAAAGCACAU